CGGCGAGGGAGAGGGGAGGGGAAAGAGGGAAGAGCAGGAGAAAAAAAGAAGCAGAAAAAAAACAACAGAGCGACGAAGGAGCGCAAAGCCCUUUUGUGUACAAAGUAGGAGCAGCCAAGCUGCGGGAUGUGAGGAAGGCAGCGGGGAGGAAGCCAGAGCCGGAGCACGAGAGAGAGAGCGCACACGCGCGCCCGUGCGUGUUUCGGAGAGGCCGACCGGCCGAGGCGAUCAAUGAGAAGGGGGGGCGCGCGGAGGCAGGGAGGGAGAGAGUGACGGAGAGAGCAGAAUGCCACGCACCUCCGCUCCGCGUGCUGCAGACUGAGACCCGCCGCCCAGCCGCUAAUGCUGCUAAUGCUGGCCCCCUGAGCUCAGCCCAGCCCCGCGCCGAGCGCCCGAGACGCGCAAGACCCACUGCCGGGGCCGGGGGGGGAGGGCGGGGGAGAGAGAGAGAGAGAGAGAGAGAGAGCACGAGAGAGAGAGAGAGACAGCGGGCUCGAAAGAGGCGGCUGAAGGGAGAGGGGGAGACACGGAGAGAAAGAGAGAGUGAGUGAGAGAGAGAGAGAAAAUCCCGGCGAAAGGGAAAGGGCUUUUGUUUGGCGGCUGGGGAGAGAGAGAGAGAAAAAAAACAAAAACAUGUCUUCAGUGAAGAGGCCGAGAGGAAGGCCCCCUAAAAACACGAAUGGUUCCAGCAGCCACCUGCGGGUCGUCAACCCUCCGAUGAAGAGCAGCUCGUCAUCCUCGUCGUCCUCCUCUUUCUCCUCCUCCUCCUCCUCCUCCUCCUCGUCCUCGUCUUCGUCCUCCUCCUCCUCUUCCUCCUCGGAGAAGCGGGGGAGGAAGCAGCCGCCGCCGCAGCAGCCGAUGGACGGCGUGUCCGAGGACAAGCAGCUGAAGGCCAACCGGAUCAUCUCGGAGGCCAUCGCCAAGGCCCGCGAGCGGGGCGAGAAGAACAUCCCGCGCGUCAUGAGCCCGGAGAGCUUCCCCUGCUCCUCCCAGCACCGGGCCCGCGGCAAGCCCCGCUCCAAAGAGAAGGCCUCCAAGAGGGCCAAGAGGGCCCGGAUCGUGCCCUCCUCCAGCCCAAAGCAGAAGGCCAAGAUCGGGAAAAUAGUCAUCAAAUUCGGGAAGAAAAGGAAGCGGAAGAACGAGUCUUCGGAGGAGCCGUCCGACAACGAGACGUCGGCCCGCCGCUCCUCCAAGGGCGACCAAUCGAAAAGAAGGUCUAACCGGCAAGUAAAGCGCAAGAAAUAUGCAGAGGAGGUGGAGUGCAAGGUGUCUGAUGAGGAGGUGAAGGUGAUCGUCAAGGCCAAGAAGACGAGCACAGCCGCUCGGAAACAGCCCGCAGUGCAGCUGUUUGUGGAAAACCCCAGCGAAGAGGAUGCUGCUGUUGUUGACAAAAUUAUGUCAUCUCGAAUGUCAAAGCGUGAGGUCUCUCCUGGAGUUGUGGUGGAAGUUGAGGAGUUCUAUGUUAAAUACAAAAACUACUCCUAUUUGCACUGUGAGUGGGCUACGGAACAGCAGCUGGUGAAGGACAAGAGAAUCCAGCAGAAGAUCAAACGCUUUAAGUUUAAACAAGCACAGAGAGCGCACUUCUUUGCUGACAUGGAAGACGAGCCCUUUAACCCUGAUUACCUGGAAGUGGAUCGAGUGCUCGAGGUGUCGUACUGUGAGGAUAAGGACACCGGAGAGCCAGUGGUGUAUUACCUGGUGAAGUGGUGCUCCCUGCCGUAUGAGGACAGCACCUGGGAGCUGAAGGAGGAUGUGGACCAGAGCAAGAUCGAGGAGUUUGACCAGCUGCAGGCAGCUCAGCCAGACUCCCUCAGGGUGGAGAGACCGCCCGCCGGCCACUGGAAGAAGCGAGAGCAGUCGCGACAGUACUGCAACGGCAACACCCUCAGGGACUACCAGCUGGAGGGCCUGAACUGGCUCCUCUUCAACUGGUACAACAGGCGGAACUGCAUCCUGGCUGAUGAAAUGGGCCUGGGGAAGACCAUCCAGUCCAUCACAUUCCUGGAGGAGAUCCACCGCGUCGGGAUCCGCGGCCCCUUCCUCAUCAUCGCCCCGCUAUCCACCAUCACCAACUGGGAGCGCGAGUUCCGCACCUGGACCCAGCUCAACGUCAUCGUGUACCACGGCAGCGGCGUCAGCCGGCAGAUGCUGCAGCAGUACGAGAUGUACUCCAGAGACGCCCAGGGCCGCGUGGUUCGCGGGGCCUACAGGUUCCAGGCCAUCAUCACCACCUUCGAGAUGAUCCUGGGCGGCUGCCCCGAGCUGAACGCCAUCGAGUGGCGCUGCGUGAUCAUCGACGAGGCCCACCGUCUCAAGAACAAGAACUGCAAACUACUGGAGGGCUUCAAGCUCAUGAACCUGGAGCACAAGGUCCUCCUGACGGGGACUCCUCUCCAGAACACGGUAGAGGAGCUCUUCAGCCUGCUGCACUUCCUGGAGCCCGCCCACUUCCCCUCGGAGACCACCUUCCUGCAGGAGUUCGGCGACCUGAAGACUGAGGAGCAGGUCCAGAAGCUCCAGGGCAUCCUGAAGCCCAUGAUGCUGAGGAGGCUGAAGGAGGACGUGGAGAAGAAGCUGGCGCCCAAGGAGGAGACCAUCAUCGAGGUGGAGCUCACCAACAUCCAGAAGAAGUACUACCGCGCCAUCCUGGAGAAGAACUUCUCCUUCCUGGCCAAGGGUGCCGGCCAGGCCAACGUGCCCAACCUGGUCAACACCAUGAUGGAGCUACGCAAGUGCUGUAACCACCCCUACCUCAUCAAAGGAGCUGAGGAGAAGAUCCUGGAGGACUUCCGCGAGGUGCACAGCCCCACCGCGCCAGACUUCCACCUGCAGGCCAUGGUGCAGUCGGCGGGGAAGCUGGUGCUCAUCGACAAGCUGCUGCCGAAGAUGAAGGCCGGGGGCCACAAGGUCCUGAUCUUCUCCCAGAUGGUGCGCUGCCUCGACAUCCUAGAGGACUUCCUCAUCCAGAGAAGGUACCUGUACGAGCGCAUUGACGGCCGCGUGCGGGGGAACCUGCGUCAGGCCGCCAUCGACCGCUUCAGCAAGCCCGACUCGGACCGCUUUGUCUUCCUGCUCUGCACCCGCGCCGGCGGCCUGGGCAUCAACCUGACCGCGGCCGACACCUGCAUCAUCUUCGACUCGGACUGGAACCCCCAGAACGACCUGCAGGCCCAGGCGCGCUGCCACCGGAUCGGGCAGAACAAGGCGGUGAAGGUGUACCGGUUGGUGACAAGGAACUCGUACGAGCGGGAGAUGUUCGACCGCGCCAGCCUGAAGCUGGGUCUGGACAAGGCCGUGCUGCAGAGCAUGAGCGGGAGGGAGACCGGCACGGGCGGGCAGCAGCAGCAGCUCUCUAAGAGGGAGAUCGAGGACCUUCUGCGACGCGGGGCAUACGGAGCCAUUAUGGACGAGGAGGACGAGAGCUCCAAGUUCUGCGAGGAAGACAUCGACCAGAUCCUCCAGCGCCGCACCCAGACCAUCACCAUCGAGAGCGAGGGCCGCGGGUCCACCUUCGCCAAGGCUAGUUUUGUGGCGUCCGGAAACAGGACGGACAUCUCGCUGGACGACCCCAACUUCUGGGACAAGUGGGCGAAGAAGGCCGAGAUCGACGUGGACAUGGUGAACGGCAGAAACAGCCUGGUGAUUGACACGCCUCGCGUGCGGAAGCAGACGCGGCCGUUCAGCGCCACCAAAGACGAGCUGGCCGAGCUGUCGGAGGGAGAGAGCGAGGGCGACGACAAGCCCAAACUGAGGCGGCCGUACGACCGGCUCAACGGCUACGGCCGCACCGAGUGCUUCCGCGUGGAAAAGAACCUGCUGGUGUACGGGUGGGGGCGCUGGAAGGACAUCCUCCUCCACGGGCGCUUCAAGAGGCAGCUGAGCGAGCGGGACGUGGAGAUGAUCUGCCGGGCGCUGCUGGCCUACUGCCUGGUGCACUACCGCGGGGACGACAAGAUUAAGAGCUUCAUGUGGGACCUGAUCGCCCCCACCGAGGACGGCCGCGCCAAGGAGCUGCAGAACCACCUCGGCCUGUCAACGCCGGUCCCGCGGGGGAGGAAGGGGAAGAGGAUGAAGAGUCAGGCCAGCUCCUUCGACAUCCACAAGGCCGAGUGGGUCAGGAAGCACAACCCAGAGCACCUCCUUCAGGACGACGGCUACAAGAAGCACCUCAAACACCACUGCAACAAGGUACUACUUCGAGUCAGAAUGCUCUACUACCUGAAACAAGAAGUGAUUGGAGUCCAGUCCCAGGAUGUGUUGGACGGCAUUGACUCCAGUGAGAUCGCGAUCUGGGUUCCAGAGCUGGACCACUCUGAGCUGCCAGCGCUCUGGUGGGACAGCCAGGCUGACAAGGGCCUGCUGCUCGGGGUCUACAAACACGGGUACGAGAAGUACAACACCAUCCGCGCGGACCCGGCGCUCAGCUUCCUGGAGCGGGUGGGCCGGCCAGACGAGAAGGCCAUCGCCGCCGAGCAGAGAGCCAACGACUUCAUGGACGGGGACGUGGAUGACCCAGAAUACAAGCCUGCCCCCACCCUACUGAAGGACGACAUGGAGGAUGACGUCUCCUCCCCUGGGGACUUGGUCGUCUCUGAUUCUGCCAGAGAAGGCGUGGUGCCUCCGGAGGGCGACGCCCAGUACUGGCCCACGCCCUCGGCCCUGACAGCCCGCCUGCGUCGCCUCAUCACCGCCUCCCAGCGCUACACCAAGAGCCGCCAGAUCCAGCACAUCCACCAGACCCAGCAGACCUGCCUCACGCUGCCCUGCACCACGCUGCCCACCCUCAACGACAGCUCCAAGAUGGCCGCCAAGAUAGAGCGGCAGCAGAGGUGGACCCGGCGAGAAGAGGCCGACUUCUACCGCGUGGUGUCCACGUUCGGCGUGGUGUUCGACCCGGUGGCCGGCCGCUUUGACUGGACCAAGUUCCGCGCCAUGGCCCGGCUGCACAAGAAGACGGACGAGAGCCUGCAGAAGUACCUGUGGGCCUUCACCGCCAUGUGCCGGCGUGUCUGCCGCCUGCCGGCCCGGGACGGGGACGGGGAUUUGGUGGACCCCUCGCUGUCCAUCCAGCCGAUCACAGAGGAGCGUGCCUCGCGCACGCUGUACCGCGUGGAGCUGCUGAGGAAGGUGCGUGAGCAGGUGCUGCGGCACGCCCAGCUGUACGAGCGUCUGGCCCUGUGCCAGCCGGGGCCCGACCUGCCCGCCUGGUGGGAGCCCGGCCCCCAUGACCGCGACCUGCUGAUCGGGGCCGCCAAGCACGGCGUGAGCCGCACAGACUACCACAUCCUGCGCGACCCGGAGCUCUGCUUCAUGAGAGCGCAGAGCUGCUACAGCCAGCAGCCCCCGCACCAGGGCCAGCCACGCCCGCCCGACCCCCGCGCGCCCCGCGAGGACCAACCCCGCGCCCCGCCCGACCCCCACACACCCCGCGAUGACCAGCCCCGCGCCCCGCCCAGGGAGGAGGAGGAGGCCCGGCCGCGGCCUGAGCCCUGGGGCCCCCCGGAGGCCUCUCCCACCGGCAGCAGUGUGGAUGAGGGGGCGGCGCCGGGGAGGGAGGAGAGCGAGAGGCGCAUGGUGGCGGCGCGGACCAAGCCCCUCACGCCCAACAGCUCCGCCUCCAGGAAGCAGAGGAAGCUGGGUAAGAGGAGCUCGCGCGCGGCCCGCAGGGACUCCGGCUCCGACUCCGGAUCCUCCUCCUGCUCGUCCUCGCGCUCCUCCUCCUCCUCCUCUUCGUCCUCCUCCUGCUCCCGCUCCCGCUCGGGCUCCAGCUCCUCAUCCUCCUCUUCCUCCUGCUCGUCUGGCUCCUCGUCCUCCUCUUCGUCCUCAUCCUCUUCCUCUUCGGCGGGCAGCGAAAGUGAGGGAGAGGAAGGAGAGAACAGCGCACCAGCGGUCCCCAUGAUGAAGGGUUUUGACGAGGACAGCGUGGCGUCGCUCAGCACCACGCACGACGAGACGCAGGACGGCUACCUCGCCGAGACCAGCCUGCCCAACUCCACCCACCCCUUCCCCGGAGGCUACACGCUGGCCGCCUCCUACUGGCCCAAGGACCGCGUCAUCAUCAACCGGCUGGACAGCAUCUGCCAGGCCGUGCUGAAGGGGACCUGGAUGGCGGUGCGGCGUAACUACGAGGGGAACGUGGUCUCCUCCUUCUACACCACCAAGCUGCUGGACUGCCCCAGCGGGGCGCAGGACGAGCCCCCCGCCUCCCCCCAGACCUCAAAGGACGGCGGUUUGAAGCUCACUUUCCAGAAGCAGGGCUUUCCCCAGAAGAGGCCCCAGGAGGGUGAAGAGGGGGCCCUGGGCCAGCAGCAGUACCUGGCCCGUCUGCAGGAGCUCCAGAGCGCCUCCGACAUCAGCCUGGCUGACUUCACCAAGCCCCAGCCCCAACCCCAGCCCCACAUCGCCCAAGGGCUCCACGAACAGAUGAGGGUGAACGGGGUCAUGGACGGUCUGCCGGUUGGGAAGAAGAGGCGAGGGAGACGGAAGAACGUGGAGGGGACGGACUUCCUGUUCAUGAACCGGAACAGAGCGCCCACCGUCUCAGAACAAAUUGCCCAAGCGUGGUGUGGUAGCGCCCAGCCUGGCCCGACCGUGCCCCCCGGGCUGGGGUACAGCCAGGGCCACGGGCACCUGGACACGGAGAGCAGGGUACCCGUCAUCAACCUCAAAGACGGCACCAGGCUGGCCGGAGACGAUGCGCCCAAGAAGAAGGACCUGGAGCAGUGGCUGAGAGAGCACCCAGGAUUCGUGGCCGAUGUUGGGGCCUUCAUCCCCGGCGUCGACAACAAAAUGCAGUUUCAGGACGGGCGGCCCAAGCAGAAGAGGCAUCGCUGCCGGAACCCCAACAAGAUGGACGUGAACAGCCUGACGGGCGAGGAGCGGGUGCAGAUCAUCAACCGGAGGAACGCCCGCAAGGUGGGUGGGGCCUUCGCCCCACCUCUGAAGGACCUCUGCCGCUUCCUGCAGGAGAACCCGGAGUACGGCGUUCCCCCGGAGUGGGCCGACGUGGUCAAGCAGUCGGGUUACCUUCCGGAGGUCAUGUUUGACAGGAUACUGACCGGGCCCAUCGUGCCGGAGGAGGUGAGCCGCCGGGGCCGACGACCCAAGAACGCUGCGGCGAAAUCGACUCCGGCCCCCGGAGCCGCAACGGCGUCCCUGGCCCUCAACCCCCUGCUGGCCAACGGGCUGCUCCCGGGCAUGGACCUGUCUAGCCUGCAGGGCCUGCAGCAGAACCUCCAGAGCCUGAUGGGCCUCCCGGGCAUGGACCUGUCUAGCCUUCAGGGCCUGCAGCAGAACCUCCAGAGCCUGAUGGGCGUCCCGGGCAGCCUCUCCGCCACGGACGCCAGCAGCCUGGCCGCCAUGUUUCCCAUGAUGCUCUCGGGCAUGGCCGGGCUGCCCAACCUCCUGGGCGUGAGCGGCCCGCAGGGGAAGGCUCCAGAUGGCGCUGCGGGGCCCGAGGACGGCCGGGAAGACGGGAGCGCGAGCGGGGGCCCCUGCACCCCCGGGGGCCCCUCACAAACCGCAGACUCCACGGGGGAAAGGACAGAGGUCCAGGGCGCUGUGGACCCCUCCUCCUCCAGCUCUGCCACGGCCCCACCAAGUGCUUCUACCACCACCACCACCACUGCAGCCUCCAACCACCCGUUAGCUCUUAACCCCCUGUUACUGUCCAGUAUGCUUUACCCAGGAAUGCUUCUCACCCCAGGCCUUAAUCUGCCCGUCUCGACACCGGCUCAGUCCAGCACGCUCCACACACCGCCGCACGGCGCACACAGAGACCCAGAGGCUCCCCCGACCCCCUCCCCGGACACUCCCGAGGGGGAAGGAGAGGACGGGGAGGGGAGCGAGAGGGAGGACUCCCGGGAGGAGCCCAGGGGACAGAAGGAGAACAGCGGCUCGGAAGGCUCGGAGAAAGCCCAGUCGUCCUCUUCCGAAUCCAACAGCUCCUCUUCCUCGUCAGAGGAUUCCGACUCCAGUGAUGAAGACUGAUCCCUGUAUAAUCCCCUAUAAAUAUAUACAUACAUAUACGAGUUACUCUGCACAUACGUUGUGUUUCUUUUUCUUCUUUGUAAAUAUCUAAACUUAAAAGUGUUGUAAUAAAGAAAAAAAAACUGAAAAAAGAGAUCCGCUUCUAGAGAAACUGAAAUGAAAUUUCAGUGUUCGUUCAAAGGUACAGUGUUGAGAGACAUUUGGCAUGUUAAAUUUACUAGAUUUCUGAAAUUUGCAGACUAGUUUCACACACAGUGAUGUACAAUUGCAACAAACGAAAAAAAGGCAUUAUUAUAAUUAUGUUGGGAUUUAAUUUUAUAAACAAAGAAAAGAAAGCUCAAGCCAAGCUUUAGAUUUAAUAUAUUUGGAGUGGCAGGAAAAGUAAAAAAUUUAUAAAUAUUUUGGUUUGAUUUGUAAAUACUUUGACAGGUUCCUUGACACUUCUGAUUUACAGAUGAUACUUUAGUCAGCAAUAACUCGGGCAGCUGAUGAAUGUCACAGAAGCUGUAGAUUUUGUGUGGCAACCAUUUCUCAGAUGCUAAUGUAGCCGCUCCAAUUGAAGAGCAAGCGCUUUGGACACCAUUCUCCUCCAUCGGUCUCCUGUUGUCCUCCCCAGAAAAUAGGAAGUGCCCUCGGCAGUAAAACUGAGAUUUUACACACACACACACGCGCGCGCUUAUAGGCUGGGAUUCAGUCAAUCUUUCCCCUUAGUUUUGGCCAAAGUUGAUUGAAUACAGUCCAUAAUCCCUGACCAGUGUGUUCUCACGGGGACGUUCAGAUUCGUUGGCGAUGGGUAUCGCAGAACCCCCGUUUGUUAUCACGAUCCCGUUGAUAUCCGAAGAGACUGUGGCUCUGGAAUGCAUACUAAGCACCCGCUCUCAGUGGAAGCGAGGCUAAAGGAAACACAGUCUGGUGUUUGUUGUGCACUGCUGAUUACAUUUCAAAUUCAGGUACAACGGUGUGCUCUGAAGUGGAAGACGAUAUUCCCGUCCGUGGCUCGUGCUAGCCCAUACCUCAGCUGAGCAGUGCAACAGUUGCCGUAGGCGUCAGUUUGUGGCUCAAACAACAAAAAAUACGUCUGUCCUGUUUUGUGCUGCAUUCUUUUUUCAGCCAUUCUGGAGCAUCUCUCCAUGCAUGUGCCUCCUCUGUGCAGUGCAGUCCGUAAGUACUUGGACAGCGACACAUUCCUGUUGUUUUCUCUGUACUCCAGCAGACAGACAAUUGACACAAAACAAUCACUGCGUGGUUAAAGUGCAGACUUUCAGCUUUAAUUUGAGGGUUUUUACACCUGUGCAUCGAGCUGUAAUUCAGUUACCCAACACGGUUCGCCCAAUAUAGACCCCAGUAAAAACCCUGAAAUUAAAGCUGAAAGUCUGCACUUUAACUACAUGUGGUUAAAACUGUUUGUCUUAACUGUUUGCUUGCUGCAGUACAGAGCGAGAAAGCAACAAAAGAUUUGUCACUGUCCAAAUACUUACGGACUGUACUGUUUCUCAUUUUCUUCUCCAGAUGCCCUGUUCUGUACUACUUUGCUGGCAUAUUCCUUUGAAAGCCAAGAAAGUCUGAUUCCAUAUUUAAGUGUUAUCUGGCUCCCAGGAUGGUGUUAAAUUAGUUAUUUAAUCUGGAACUGCCCUUCAUAAGCAUUGAUUCAUGAAUAUUGAUUUUAAAGAUUCUCUUUAGUCACUUAAUGGACAUUUGUAAUACAAAUCCAAGUCUUUUAUUUGUGAGAUAUGCCGAGAAGCCCUUUUUACUAACACAUAACUUUGCUCUCCUGAUGACGGUGAGAUCCGGGUCAUGACAGUAUUUAUUACCCAGUAGCAGUUCAAACAAUGCGGCUAGAAUCGUCAAGAAAUUGGAAACAAUUCAGAUUACAGUCAUUACCCCCUAACGCAUAACGCUGCCCUAACAGUUGGACUGGUUGCAAUAUGAAGUGAGGGAAAUGCUAUAUUGGGCUAUAUUAGCUUUCACUGCGAUGCUUCAGAAGGCAUAAUUCUAUACUCUGUUGAUCUUAAGCAGGCUUUGCUGGGUAAAUCCAUUCUCAUUUUACACUCAUCUUGUCAUUAAUCUACUCUGACUACCUGUGUUCCAGUUUUUUCUGAACAAUUUCUUGAGUUGGGUUAGGUGUUUGAUGUUAUGAUUGCAUUUUGCUAAUUUAGCUGUGCUCAUGUAUUGUGGGAAGAUGUACCCUCUUCGUGGUAUUGAGUGGUUAUGUGUGCUCACAGCCUCAUAUCUGUAGACAUCUGUAGUUUUCCCCCCAGUGGCUCAACUGAAACUGUGUAGAAUAAUCAGGUGAUCAACGCUGUGUCGGACACCCUGUUGUCUUCCUUUGUGAGAUUAUGACUCACUCUACAUAACUGAAAUAUCAAGUCAGUAUGCUUCAAAGAAAAAUCCAGGGAACAUCGAGUGAGUUUUAGAGUUUGUUUUGCCUGCAGAAGAAUGUGUAAUGUUAAUGACCCUCUUGGUACUCUUGUUAAGGUGAGUAAGCCUCUUUAAAGGGCUCCAGCAAUUCCUGUGUCCUGGUCUGCAUUUGUCCUUAGUGCAGGACCGUCACAUGGGUUCUGAGACACAGACUACCUGAGACACUUGGGCUACAUGACUUUCCUGGACUUGGCCCAGGGGAGUGUUUACUGACUGUUCCUUGGUUGAAUGAGUCCGUGUUAUGGAGAUCAGGCUGUGAUCUAGCUCCGUAGUGCCAGUUCUCUGGAUAUGCAUUACUCUAUACAGUACUUGCUGUUUAUCUCUGGUGAGUCCAGCAGCAGAUCUGGAAGCUACCCUGGGCUGUACCUCACAAUUUGGAUCUGCUCCACACGACGAACCAGGUCUGGAAAUCAGAUCCACCAGUUUAAACGUUUAGAUUUAUGCUCCUUUUGACUAUAUGCAGUUAUUAUCAUCAGAUGCUCAAUGGGUGACUUUGGGUGUUGCUACUGGAAUUAGCCUUUGUUUUUUUUGUUUUUUUGCAAUUCAUGUUGUAUGUCAGAAUACCACCAUACUGUCUGCUAAGCCCCUUACUUCUAAUGUGUUGAAAGCACUAAUGAAGAAAAUUGAGGCUUUAAGCAAACAAUAAAAAUAAAUGUUACCAGGGAAAGCAAGGCUGACUGUGGAUUCAAAGUGGAAUAGAGUGAUAUUAAAGGAUCAGUACUCUGCUCAUUUCUGUCAAUGUAAAGACUUGCAUUGACCCGAUUCAUUCAGUUCGACCACAUGGAAAAGAUCUAUUAACGUGGUUGCUCAGAAUCAACUACUUGAUGUUUUCAUCCUUGUGUUAAGGAUCGACAAAGAAAAGCUGUACAAAUGAGUUCUAAGGUCAGUGCUAGGCAAUACCAUCUGCCCGACCUGCUGUGGUUAUGAGCAGUAUUCAGGAGCUGUGUCUGGUUCUUCAGACGUCAGCUAACAGGUCUUUGUUUCAAAGUAUUUAAUUCAGUGACUGUACAGUAUAUUUAAUUUUGCUCACUUCUGGUAUCACUACAUUAAGAAUGGUGAUUAUUCUAUAUGACGUCCAUGGUACACUGUAUUUUGACUGGAUGGGAAUUUAUUUAAAGCCUUUCGAGAUAUCCCAUCUUCAUUAUGAUCUAGAAUAUCUGGAAAAAAAAGCAAGAACAUGCAUUAUUGUAGAUUUCUGACAGCCUUCCAACCACGCAAUCCCAAACAGUGCCCUUAGGUGUUCAACCAAUCAUGUCUUCUUCCAGGAUGCGGCUCGCAGGUGCAUGCGGUGGAAAGGGUCUCGGAUACUGUGUGCACUGAGUGAGGACCUUGCAUGUCAUGUUAUUUUAAUGAGUACAUCGGUGAGAAUGAGAAAUUACGGUUAUAGUUAAAGCAAGGUUUGGCUAUGAACGCAUUUCUACCAUAUACUUUAAUAUUUGGGUAGCGAGUCUCACUGUGUUAGACAAGACUCAACAUGACCGGUGAAAGGAAAUGACAACCAAUAUGCAAACUGGAAAGGAAAAAGACACUAAUAGAUCAGAAUUUAAAAUAUAUGAAGUAGUGGCUGGAAAAUGCUAUUGCCUUGUAUUUGUACUUUUGUUCUAAGCUUGAUAAUAUCUUAAGUCAUUUUGAGGUCCACUUUCUGUUUUGUUUUUUUUCUUCCCUUUUUGGACAGUUGCAAAACCUGCAAAUUGUGGUCUGUGUUCAAUUAUUCAAAUAAUGCUUUAUGUAGUGGAGGAAAAGCGUCUUAAAAAGUAUUUGUAAUUUAUUGAAUUACUUUCUAUGAAGUUCUAUAGAGGAAAUGGAAGUUUAAUUAUUUUUAUUAAACAUAUUCUUUGACUAUC